UCAUAAAUAACAGUUACAAUUUUAAUGAAGAAGUUCAUAAAACAAAAAAGUGGAAAUUAUCACUUAAAUUGCUGACGGUUUACAAGUAUAAGUGGUUGAGAUCUUCCACAUGACAUAGUUAUGCUUAAACAAGACAUGAGAAGAUCCUUUCCCAUUUUUCUUUUACUACUUUCAUUUUGUCCCGUGAGGUUGUGGGAAAAGAUCCAAGAUAAGUAUUUUCAUUCUCCAAAAAUCCUACCAAAAUAAAGGACAGAAAGAAAGAGGGAUACACUUGAGGUGAAGACACUUGAGGUGAAGUUCUAGGGACUCACUGGAGAUAAAUGAAGGGAAGAUCGUAUCUAUUGUUGAGGGAUACAGUAAGCAAGGGAAUUCUAUGCAUGAAGAAGUAAUUGAUUAUGGAGAGGCUGUUGUUAUGCCUGGCUUGAUCGAUGUGCAUGUACAUCUUGAUGAACCAGGGAGAACUGAAUGGGAGGGAUUUGUUACUGGUACUAGAGCUGCUGCUGCUGGUGGUGUAACGACAGUGGUUGACAUGCCUCUAAACAAUCACCCUACAACUGUGUCAAAGGAAACAUUAAAGCUUAAGCUUGAAGCUGCAGAGAAUGAAAUCCAUGUUGAUGUUGGUUUCUGGGGAGGCUUAAUCCCUGAAAAUGCACUUAAUACCAGUAUUCUUGAAGGUCUCUUAAGUGCUGGUGUUCUUGGUGUAAAGUCUUUUAUGUGUCCUUCAGGAAUUAAUGACUUUCCUAUGGUUACUAUUGACCACAUCAAGGAGGGAUUGCCUGUGUUGGCAAAAUAUAGAAGACCUUUGCUUGUUCAUUCUGAGAUUCAACAAGAUUCUAAAAAUCAUUUGGAACUUAAAGAUAAUGGUGACCCGCGUGCUUACUCGACCUAUCUCAACACUAGGCCACCUUCAUGGGAGGAGGCAGCCAUUAAAGAACUUGUAGGUGUUACGAAGGACACUAUAAUUGGUGGUCCUUUAGAAGGAGCACAUGUUCACAUUGUCCACUUGUCUGAUUCAAGUGCUUCCUUAGAUCUGAUUAAGGAAGCAAAAAGUCGUGGUGACAGCAUAAGUGUUGAGACUUGCCCCCAUUACUUAGCUUUCUCAUCUGAAGAGAUACCAGAUGGAGAUACUCGUUUUAAGUGUUCCCCACCUAUCCGUGAUGCAUUCAACAAAGAAAAGUUGUGGGAGGCUAUAUUGGAGGGACACAUUGACCUAUUAAGUUCUGAUCAUUCACCAACUGUGCCUGAACUCAAGCUUCUUGAAGAGGGUGACUUCUUGAAGGCUUGGGGUGGCAUAUCAUCUUUGCAGUUUGAUCUUCCAAUAACAUGGUCGUAUGGGAAGAAAUACGGUAUAACUCUGGAGCAAUUAUCCUUAUUAUGGAGCAAGAAACCUGCAGCGUUUGCAGGUUUAGAAUCAAAGGGGGCCAUUGCAGUUGGAAACCAUGCAGAUAUUGUAGUGUGGCACCCAGAGGUGGAGUUUGACCUGGACGAUAAUUAUCCUGUUUUCCUUAAACAUCCCAGCCUCUCUGCUUAUAUGGGAAGAAGGUUAUCCGGAAAAGUUUUGGACACUUUUGUCAGAGGAAACCUUGUCUUUAAGGAUGGAAAGCAUGCUCCUGCAGCCUGUGGUGUUCCAAUUCUAGCCAAAUGAAUUGGUUAAAAAUUGAUGCUAUUUGCCUCGGGACAUAAAUAAGAGAUGGAAGUAGCUGUUGGCAUCGGCUACUGAGCUAGAGAUUCUCUUUCUCGUAGAGCAAGACUUCUUGUUGUAACUUGUAUUAUUGCUGCAUGGGUAUUUGGACACUGAAACAUAAGGUCAUACUUGUCUUGAAUGUAUAUGUAAAUUAUAACUUAAUAUUUAUGUUUUCCAUUGCAUGAAAAGAAUAAGCACAUGAUUCGAAGAUAAGACGGUAUUAACACAUAAUAAUA